ACUAGGUAAGGUAACUAUUGAAGCAAUCAUUUCCGGUUACGUCGCCGGGGACACGUGUAUCCAAGAUGGCUGUGGUUAUGGAAUUAUUGACAUGGCCCUGGUUUCUGCUGUUAUUUAUACACGCUGCUGACUGCUUCUAUGUACCUGGUGUAGCACCCAUAAAUUUCAAUGAAGGUUCUGAUGUAGAAAUUAAGGCUGUGAAACUGACAAGUUCACGAACGCAGCUACCUUACGAAUAUUACUCGUUACCUUUUUGUCAGCCUGACAAAAUUACUUACAAAGCUGAAAAUCUUGGUGAGGUUUUGCGAGGUGAUCGUAUCGUAAAUACACCUUUUAAUGUCCAGAUGUUGAAAAUGAAGAUGUGUGAAGUCCUAUGUAAAGGGCCUGCGACUCUGAAGGUAGAACAAAGCAAGCUUAUUGCAGAGCGAAUUAGAGAGGAAUAUUAUGUCCACUUAAUUGCAGAUAAUUUACCAGUUGCAACAAGAUUGGAAGUUUUCUCGGGUGCUGAAGAGGAUGAUAAAAAGAAGCCAAAAGAAUAUCAGUUUGAACAUGGAUACCGUUUGGGAUACACGAAUAAUCAGAAGUUCUACCUGCACAAUCAUCUCUCCUUUCUACUGUACUAUCACAAAGAAGAAGUUGAUGUGGAUGAGAAGCCUACUUUCAGGGUUGUCCGGUUUGAAGUAUUACCACAGAGCAUCAAACUUGAAGAUCUAAAAACUGAUGAUAAAGGCGGAUGCAGCAUGCCUGAACCCCCUUUUCCUGCUCAAGAGAUUGAUCCCACUAAAGAAAAUAAGGUCUUAUUCAGUUAUUCAGUGCACUGGGAGGAGAGUGAUAUUAAGUGGGCUUCCCGAUGGGAUACAUAUCUCACAAUGAGUGAUGUACAGAUCCACUGGUUUUCCAUCAUUAACUCCGUUGUAGUAGUUUUUUUCCUCUCAGGAGGAUACCAUGGAAGAGUCUGGUUGGAAGCUGGUACAUGGAGAUGUAUUCAGACCUCCUCAGUAUCCCAUGAUUCUAAGUUCUGUACUGGGAUCUGGCAUUCAGCUUUUCUGCAUGGUCCUUAUUGUAAUAUUUGUUGCCAUGCUUGGGAUGUUAUCGCCUUCAAGUAGAGGGGCAUUGAUGACUACAUCUUGCUUCCUGUUCGUGUUCAUGGGAGUGUUUGGUGGUUACUUUGCUGGCCGCUUAUAUCGCACACUGAAGGGUCACCGGUGGAAGAAAGGUGCUUUCUGUACUACUGUCCUUUAUCCAGGUGUGGUGUUUGCCGUCUGUUUUGUUUUGAACUGUUUUAUUUGGGGAGAGCAUUCAUCAGGAGCUGUUCCAUUCUCUACAAUGGUUGCACUCCUAUGUAUGUGGUUUGGAAUUUCAUUACCUUUAAUAUAUCUUGGCUAUUACUUCGGGUUUCGUAAAAAGCCAUAUGACAAUCCAGUUCGAACUAAUCAGAUUCCACGUCAAAUCCCUGAGCAGCGGUGGUACAUGAACAAGUUUGUUGGAAUUCUCAUGGCUGGUAUCCUUCCCUUUGGAGCAAUGUUCAUCGAGCUUUUCUUCAUUUUCAGUGCAAUCUGGGAGAAUCAGUUUUAUUACCUGUUUGGGUUUCUCUUCCUGGUGUUCGUGAUCUUGGUAGUAUCUUGUUCUCAGAUCAGCAUUGUUAUGGUUUACUUUCAGCUGUGUGCAGAGGAUUACAGAUGGUGGUGGAGGACAUUUGUGGUGUCUGGAGGAUCUGCCUUCUACGUACUGAUAUAUGCUAUAUUUUAUUUUGUCAACAAGCUGGAUAUUGUGGAGUUCAUUCCUUCACUUCUCUACUUUGGAUAUACUGCAUUGAUGGUUUUAUCCUUCUGGCUACUGACUGGGACAAUCGGCUUCUAUGCUGCAUACGUGUUUAUUCGCAAGAUCUAUGCAGCUGUGAAAAUUGAUUAAACUUUUGGACUCAGCACAAAGUAACCUGUGUGUUUUUACCUUUGGCACAAAACAAAUGGCCUUGUGAAUUUGCACAGGAAAUGGCAGGACUUGUAAGAGCCACCAUCAUUUUGGAAUGUAAUUAUUUUGACACAUUAUGGACAGAUUUGGGCUUUGAGGUGGGGAGGAAUUCAUUUUAACUUUCCUUUUUCAGAUUUUUUUAAAUGUAACAUUUCUCCCUUGAUGUAUACAAAUCUGACUUUUGAUAAACAUUCACUGGAUCAUUUUUCCUUCCGAAGUUGCAUUUUGUGUGGUGGGGGCUGAAAAGAACUUUUUUAUUUAACUGGGUGAGUUUUUUUUAGUAAGUGCAGAUUUCUGUGUAGGCUUUGAAGGAGGUUUUGCAGCAGGUCUCCGGAGUUCUGGGGAAGAGAAGAGGGUCCGCUAUCCGUAACUGUCAUUUCUCACUGAACAGGUUAAAAAGCUAAUACAGGAGAUUUUUAUGUCUGUAUUACCUGUUGUACAACCCAGUUGCAGGUCUUCAUCUGAAACAGAGUAUGCUUGCUCUUUACCUUGCUAAAAACAGUAAGCAGGUACAAGCUUGUAUGAGAGCUGUACAUUUUAGAAAAUAGCAUUACUUUGGUUAUCAGACAAAUGAUAAAAUGGUUGUUUCAACAUUUGAAGCACUCUGUGUGAUGGGUGCCUCUGUAAUGUUCAAUUGUAAGCUUGUAUAUAUUUUUAUCGGGCACUGAAAUAAGAUGUAAAGUUGUGUACAGAUUCUCUUAUCAGUCACUGUAAUUUCUUGUAUAGACAGAUACUGGUUUUCACAUCAGGCACCAGAACACAGUAAACUUUAAAGUGUUACAUUAA